AUGAGAAGGGUAAGAAGCACGGGCAAAAAUCUAAAAUACACGGGCUAUCUUGAUUAUGUCACCAUGUUACGAGUCGUGAAGCAUAUAGCAGCUGAAGAUUCCGAAAUGGCGAACGUGGUACAUUUGAGGCCGAGGACUGCGCUGAACAAUAGCAUCAUAGCUAUUGAGCUACACAGCGAUGUCCGUAGCAAGAAACCAGGGAUUCUCGUCAUUGCCACGAUUAAUGGAAUGGCGUGGGCUGGGCCGAACGCAGUUAUUGAAUUAGCAGAAAAGCUCUUGUAUGACACAAACUACCAAACACCUUUCUUUAAUGACUAUGAUUGGUAUCUCAUCCCGCUAGCGAAUCCAGACGGCAUGAAUUUCACCACGAACCUUCGUCAACACAGGUCAAUAGACUCAACGGAGUGGUCGCGUAACAUCACAGCAAGAGCUCGCACUAAACCUGCCGUAUGGUACAAAAAUGUCGACACCGAAAACGGCAAAACGUGUUUCGGGACAAAUGUCAAUCGUAACUUCGCAUACCAUUGGCAAGACGAUGUGCGGAAAACACCAAACAUAUGUUCACAAUAUUAUCCCGGACCCAAACCUUUCUCCACGCCUGAAGCGAGGGCCAUACGUGAAUACGUCCACAAGCUUGAUGACAAUGUACAUCUGGCGAUACACUUGCAUGCGAGUUUUGUGCCCAAGAAAGAGCUAAUUCUAUACCCGUGGCGCUACACGUUACGUCAGCCCAGCAAUUAUCGCACGUCACAAGAAAUAGGAGAGUACGCUGCCCGACAAGCGCGUUUACCAGACGGUAGACUUUAUGAGGUUCAGCAGGGAAGCAGUGACGGGCGCGUGGCAGGCUCCCUGAGCGACUACAUCGCUGGCGUGGUGGGCACGGAGCUGGUGUACCUCGUCAAACCGUACCAUGAGAUGUUUCCAAAUCACACUGAUACCUCUAUAUUAGAAUUGUAUGUAAGGAAGUCGAUAUCUGCUAUUCUCGGCUUGGUGCGCGGCUGGCGAAGCAGCACAAAGCAAAACACGCUUUCGUUCUUCGGUAAAGACGUCGAGUUCUAAUUAUUAUGAAUCUUAUCAUAUGUAUUUUU